UAGUACGUAUUGUUAUAAACAGCGCCAGCGAUUCUGUACUUCUAAUGACUUCAGCAGGGACUGUCCAGGCGCUGAUCGGUAUGGUGUGCAAGAAGAGAGUCUCAAGUGCAGUGAUAAAGAGUGUUUCGGUAAGCCUGAGUUAGAAUUAGUGUAGAAAAUGGAACAGGAACGAAAUAGGAAGAAGGUCAUCAUCAUCAUCAUCAUCAUCAUCAUCAAUGUUUUUCGCCAAAAGCCCGACGACUUCUACACCCCGAGCUUGUUAGUGCUGUUAAUGCACCUGUGAUAUUUUCAAAUGAUGGGGUUGUUACACCAACGCCCAAACUUCAUGUUGGGUUACCAUUUUUAGACACUCUGGCAUACCAGUGCCAGGACGAAAAAGUCGUGCCUGUAUGUGUUCACGGUCGACACAAGAAACCUCUAGGUCAUACCAGUUCAAAAGUGACGGCAAACAAAGAGGACUGUUAAAGAUAAAGCCAAUCUCGCCAUUUUAAGAAAAAAAAUGUUAUUACUUGAAACCACAAAAGGCUCUUUUGAUUAUUUAGAAAAUUAAAAAAAAUACGUCUUUGUUGAAAUUUUCUUCUUUAGCUCCAAUUGACGGUCACUGGGGUCGCUGGUCAUCAUGGGGCCUGUGUGACGCUAAAUGUGGACUUGGAACACAUCACAGGUCGAGGUCAUGUGACGACCCUUCACCAAGAUAUGGAGGCAAGAAUUGCGUCGGGAGCUCCAGCAGUUCACAAUCCUGCAAGCUUAAGUCCUGCGGGAUCGGUAAGUGAAGAUACUUUCUUCGUUUUGCACCGGCUUCCGUCUACAAUCUGGACUUUCCUCGUAGGUGAAGUUUGACGUAAAGAACAGGGAGGAGUUGGUGAGAAGUGUGGAACUAAGUAAAGAAUAACAAGCGGUUCAUGACUGGGGGAAAAGUGCGACAAUAUCCUAACUUUGUCAGACUUUUCCACACUUUCACACCUCCGAGAAGUGUGGAACUUAGUAAGAAGUGAAAAAACUCUGGAUUUCAUGGCUAGGGCUGCACAUAGCUCUCAUUUUCGCAUUUUUACUCUCCGAAAAUCUUGUUGUGACAGCUUUUAUGGUUUGCGGCUCACUUUUCCCUCACUCCGUACUUCCUAUGCCUUUUUCGCCAAUUUAGUGCCCUUUGUAUUCCUCAGGGCCGGAUGACUGCGAGUUUGACUCUGACCAAAUGUGCCAUUGGACGAAUAGUAAAUCUAACCCACCUUUAUACAACUGGGUACGUAACACUGGUGGAACGCCUUCAAGUAACACUGGACCAUCCGGAGACCACACUUCUGGGUCAGGUAAUAACUUAAUAUGAUAGUGGAAAGAUUGUUGCAAGAGGCGGGCAAGAAAGGAGAUCCAGUCUGGUAAUUUUGACCCUUUAAAUGUCACUAUCAACAUGUAUAAAGAAAUAAUUCCAGCUUCACAGAUAGCUUAGUGGGGGUAUAUAGCUGGACUACAGAGCAGGAGGUCGCUAGCUCGAUUCCUCGGGGCAACACCUAAUGUAACGAAGAAGUAAUGGUAAUGCCCAGCAAGACAAAACUGCGCAUUUGCAAACCCAUCUCCAUUGAAAACAGCUCUGCUGCCACCUUACCACUUGGCAAUAAAGCUACCUGACAAUAGACGUUUGGAACUAGAGAAACAUCAAAGUACCCAAAAGGUCACCAUUAAAAUUCAAAUCAUGAGCGUUCGAUGACGAUAGCGUUGACACUAACAACAAGUGUUCUUCCGUUAAGGUCAUUACUUGUACGUGGAAGCAAGUGGUAUUCCAGAAGGGGAUAGAGCUGCAUUAGUCAGCAGGAACUUCAAUCCGUCGAUCGGACGCUGUUUGACGUUUUGGUACCACAUGUACGGUGAAGCGAUGGGAGAAUUGAAUGUUUACGUUAAGCCUGUUGGGGGAUCCAGGACCAAGGUCUGGAGCAAAUCUGGCGAUCAAGGAGAUGAUUGGAAAAUGGGACAAGUUACUCUGAAAAACAUGGAUUCGGACUAUCAAGUAAAACCUAGUUUUUAGAGUACAAAGGAGUAAUUUUUUCAUGUAUUUUGAAGAGCGGUACGGUGGUGUUAAUUACACCAGAACAAGUGUUUUUUUUUAUUACGAUUAAACGGAGGAUCACAUAUCGAGCUCACAUACUACGACUACGAGGCUACGAUCCUGUACUUUUGUCGACGCUGCAGAUCCGCUAACCUCAAUAUAACGAACCUCCAUAUAAAGUUGUCCUCGGUAUAACGAAGGAUAUUUCCCCCCUCGGUAUUGUGAAAAAGAUUCACAAUAAAAAGAAACUUCGCUAUUACAGUGAAAUGCAUAUUUUGCCGAUCCCUCAGCCCUUUGUUUUAUCUUGGUUCCCCUGUAUAUGGAAAAGGGUAUUUUAUGAUUGUUCAUUGCUCUUGGGCAGUUUCUUCAAAAUAAAAAUGAUGACGAUGAUAAAAACAAUGAUACUACAGAUAAUGAAAAUGAUAAAACUGAUGAUACUUUGUUCUUAGGUAGAAUUCGAGGCAGUUUGUGGAAGCAGUUUCAGAGCUGACAUUGGGUUGGAUGACAUAAGCUUCAAAGAGAGUCCUUGUUGUAAGUAUGUCAAUUAUUUUAACAUCUGCAGUCAAAUUUUGAAAUAUUUCGUGUAUGUUGCGCUCUGUUUUUCAUCAUUUACAGUGGAGGCUGUUGGAUGCUUCUGGGAUACUCAGGAUCGGGCGUUACCAGUAUUAUUGAAAAAUAUACGCAACCAAAUUGACUGGUAUCAUAUGGAAAAAACUGUGGCAGCAUGCUCAAAGUUGACUCAACAACAACAUUACAAGGUUAGUACAUGGUAAUCACGUAAUUUGUGCAAGCCACGGCAGCAAUUCUCAACCCGAACGAUACGAUUGUCGUUUACAAUACGAAUUUCACAUUGUAAAACUUCGCUCUCCAAUCAAAGCGUGCCUCAAAAUACAGCACGAUAUUGUCAAGAAAAUGCUCAUAAAAAAAUAUAUUUUUUGAUUUUCUAUUCGCAUAACCCAAGUAAAAAGGAGCUAAAAAUGCUACAAAUUGAUUGCUUCCUUAGCUAAACUGCUGAUGAUGUAAUUUUAAUGACCGAUAUUUUCUCGUUAAUAAAAAUUUAUUUCCUGAUAACGAAGCGCAAAAGGUGUAUUUAUCUGCACAAUAGACUGCAAAACAGUCUGUUACUGUUUCCCCCUCAAAAUCUGUUUUUCAAGUUGCGCGCUCGCGCGUUCCUCUCCUGCGAAAGAGGAACCGGCUGCUUUACAAUCUGUCUGUAUAUGAAUGCACAAUCCAGUUUAAAAGAGAUAAAAAAAAGUUUUUCUUUCGCAUGACCAGAAAAAAAUACAUCGGUCGACAAUCGAAGGUGAAAACAUCCUGGGCAGAAGAUCUCCGGGCAAUACAGUCAAAACUUUCCUUUAGAAACGUGAGCUAAUUAUGCUUAUUGCCACGAAAGGAAAUAAGUAAUUCCAGGCUUGCGCUAGCACAAUACCUGAAAAUAUUAAAGGAAUGUCUAGCCCACAGGCAUCAUUUUCUCACGUUUUACGGGCGAGCGAAGGUAAGCGAGAGGAGGGUGUGUGAAAAGCGGGUAGCUCACGCCCUCCACAAGGCUUUGCUCAAAUAACGCCUGUUCUGCAAGCUUAAAGAGGCAUUUUUCUGAUAAUGUGAACGCAAUUUUGUGAUUGCUUGACUGGGCUUUCAUGUAUCUUUCUUUAACACGAACAUUUGUUACGGUCGAAGAGUGGCAUUUGCGGGACUCCCAAUUGAACAUGACGUAUUAUAGCGGAGCUCUCGCGCGAGAAGCGGAGCAACAUGGCUGAUAUAAUUUGGUUAUCUGUGCACCCAAGAAAUUUUGGUUCUGAUAAAUUCGUCUGUAGGUACGUCCACCCGUUCACGUUAACAGAUGUGAAAUGUUACACUUACCAGCCCGUAGUCGAAGGCCCAUACAAUUUGUAUUAAACUUGAUAUUAUGGCCAAUUGACAGCUGUCAAAAAAGAGCACCCGCUGACCGGUUUCACAUGACUGUAUCGCGGGCUCAGGUGCACAAAGAAGAUGUCGCGGCCCGGCGGUGUGUUUCUUUGUUCCCGCCGCUCGUGGGGAGAAGAGCACUUUAAAAAAAGAAGCGGCGCGGUGCCCUCUCGAGUGGUCAUUUGUCUAGAGUAGGAGAGGCACUCCGGGGGGGGGGUUUGGCGCGGGGGGGGGGGGGGGGGGGGGGGGGGGGGGGGGGGGGGGGGGGGGGGGGGGGGGGCGUUCAUCCCACGGCCGGACCAACAAGCAAGGUCUUUAAAAAACUGGUGAGAUCAUGCUGGCUUUGAUUUUAGACCUUGUCUCAGUUAUGAUGAUCGCGUCAUUGGCCGGUCAAGUUAAGCCGUUGGUCUUGUCUCCUUCAUGCUUCUUUCAGUGGACAAAUCAAAGGGGACGUAAAAGAACCCACACUACUCUGCUCCAGCGGCGUGGUCUACCUUUCACAUCCGUGGCGUGGUCUAUCAUUCAUAUCAUGGGCGCAGUGAGCUCAUAAAUGGACUGAUAGCGGCUGCCGGUGGCGCCCUUGUGUGCUGACGUCCGACCUUACUGUUAACAUUUUCAGAUAUAUUAUAAAGAGGACACGUCUUCCCACUCAUGGCAUUUUAUUCAUUUCGUUCUUUCAUUCAUCCAGAUGCGACUCAUUUUGGGAUCUCGCUUACCGACAACCCAGGACACGUUUAAAGCCAUCUUUAAAACGUUCACUUCGAAAAGCAUAGAAAAUAGGGUUAAGACAUAAACUACACCCAAAUAAAAACUCAACCACUGUAAGGAGAACAUAGUACGUGUCAAAGUCCACGUUUUCACCAUGUUGGGAUGCGACCAGUGUAGCCAAAAUUAUACCAGGUCCAUAACCUAUUAAAAAGCCCACAGACGCUAGGAGAAAUGUGACAACUAGCUUUCUUUUCUCCGAACGUCUCUCUCCAUCCGUUUCUGGACACACUGUGUUGGUGAAGUAAAGUCCACGUAUCAACGACCCGUAGCAGAAAAACAUUAUCGUUGCUUGUAUGUAGAAUAUUGCAGCAUACACGAGGAAAUAAAUUCUGCUUGUUCGACUCUCGUCAUAAUUAAAUGGACCAGAGCAAGUAGAGUAUGCUUCACUCCACGUUUCAAGGAAAAAAUUUGGUAAAGAAAGAAGAGCGCUUGUGAUCCAAAUGAAAACGAUGGCUUUCUUUAUAUUGUCUUCGUUUAACCGUAAACCAUUGUUGAAAGGCUUCAACAAAGCAUUAUACCUUUCUACAGAAAGCACAACCAGAGUUAUAGAUGAAACCAUUGCGGAAGUUGUAAUGAUGGCAAUAGACUUGCAAGCGAUGUUAAGCAAAUUUUCACCGAUAUGUUCAUGUAGAAGAUAAGUGGUUAAGUCAUGUAUGAGAAACAACAAAAUGGCGAUAACAUCGCUAACAGCCAUGUUCACUAAAAGAAAAUUCGUAGGCGUAUGCAUCACUCGUGACUUGUACACAAUUUGAAUAACCAGCACGUUUCCAAUAAACCCAAAGAUGCAAACUGGAAUGGAGGACCACAACAGGGCACAAGGCAGGUCCAUUAUUUCUCUUAACUGCGCAAAAACCUUGUUCUUUCUUUCUGUAUUUGGCGGUAGGAGUUAGGAAAUUGUCUCUCGAGCUGUUAAAUAAUCGCAGCGACCUUCUUCUCCCUUUGCUGUUUAGCGAUUAGUGUGAAGCAAGUUCAUGCCAUGUUUAACAACAUGACCGUAUUACAAUGAUUGUCAGUAAACAGUCUUCUGACAUCUCCAGCAGGUGAAUACACAGCAACAAAGCCGGCAGCAAAAUUUUAAUGUUCUUACAUUACGAUUUAUUUUACUAAAUUAUACAAUAGUAGAUGUAACACUUACCAGCCCGUAGUCGAAGGCCCAUACAAUUUGUAUUAAACUUGAUAUUAUGGCCAAUUGACAGCUGUCAAAAAAGAGCACCCGCUGACCGGUUUCACAUGACUGUAUCGCGGGCUCAGGUGCACAAAUGAUUGAGUUGAUUUGUUUUUAAAGUUCUCCGCUGUUGUUUUUCAAUUUAUCGCGGGUUUAGGUCACUUUUUUUUCAGGAGAAAUUCAGUUUGUUUCUCGCUUACGGCAAAAGUUGAAUCACGGCAGAAAGACAUCUCUUAAAAGAUCCCACAAGAGCUUCGCUUUUGGCCUUAGCUAAAUCUAUAUAUUAUCUAUUUGCAGGUGUUUGGCGUACAGUACUAUGGUGAAUGUUGGAGUGGUAGUGCUGAUGUCGCCAAGUACGACAAAUACGGCAUCGCACCCCCUGAAAAUUGCUGGGAGGGAGUUGGUGAAGAGUGGACAAACUUUGUGUACAAGAUUGUGUAGAGGGGUGAGAAGGAUUUUAUCAAAGACACGUUUUAGAAACAAUGUUGUUAUGGAUUGUUACACACACAUUUUACUUCUUUGUGCAUCAACUAAACAUAUUUUACAAAUAAGAAUUUCAAACAGAAACCCCAAAAUGGCCACUCUGUGUGAUUGAUAUCGAGUGUUCAUUUCAAUACUAUAUUACUGCAAGUAUAUUGAGCCACACAGUUUCACUAUAUCCUAGCAUUAUGUAGCGAGUAAGUUAUCUUUCUGAGAUGUCUAACGUCUCCACUCCCUAACCCGUGGGGAGCGCGGGGAAGAGAGAAUUCAGACGACCGCAAAAUCCGCGUCCCCCACGGGUUAAGGGGUGGAGACGACUGACAUUUAUGACUACGAGUAAAUGGCUAUGCGUGCGAUGCCAUUUUGACUGAAGUUCUUAACCAAAAGAUCACAACCGACUUGAGAUUCAACCCUGCAAAUCUAAAUGUGUCGCACGCUUUUCCCCGCACUUAAAAUUUGACGAUCACCGCCUGUUACGAGAUUGCCAGGCUAAAUUGUUUGCAAUGGUUUAUACGGAGAAACUUAGAAUUUAAAAAGCUUUCAAUUCGACUGUCUACGCUAUCUUCAACCGACUAACCAAAAGUACAUGUAGAUAAAAAUUGCUAACAGUGAUAUAUUUUCGUUUCAGGGAAGAUAUUUUUCGCAACUGGACUAUUCAAUCACAUUGCUGUAGACUUGAAAAUCCAAACAUUAAUAAAUGAAGUA